GUUCGUCGUGCGCAUUCCGAAUUUUAUUCACUAUCUCUUACAUCUUUCGUUGCCUGCUGUGUUGUGUAUAAUUUUUGAAGCAAGUGCGUUUCUAUUAUUCUUGCCGCCCACUCUACACGCUUCUUACUACAAUUUCUAACUUUAGAACUGUCAAAGAGCAAAACAAAUACAAACAAAACAAUUAUAAUUCAUUCAUUGCUUUGCUAAAAUUUUUGUGGUGUUUUUAAAAAUUGCAUUGUGGGCCCGUAACCUUGAAUUUGCUGGCUGGAAAUUGAAAACGUCGCACAAGCAAUAAACAAUAAACACAAUAAACAACUUGUCAAUUCAAAUACAAUUGAAGCUAAAUAAUUAACCACAAUCCCCAUUUGCAAUGUGACUAUUUAAGUGCGAACUGCUGCAUUAUUGUACUCAGUUGUGUUACGAAUCAAAUAAUCUCAACAGAAUUCGCCUCGUUAUCUGUUGCUCUGUCAACAAACGCGCUGAUUGCAACGCAAAAGCAAACCAAAGCCGUCAAAGUGGGAUUCAUAACUGAACUGGGAUUACGCAAAGGCACGAGUUUUAGUUGCCGCAAAGAAAUGGGCACUAUUGAAAAACGCUCGUUCUCCUUCCGCCUGCGCCGCUCGUUUGGCGAUGGCGGCAGCACCAACAGCCGCAACAGCAACAACAACAGCAGCACCUGCACCAACCACAACAAUCAGAAGCGCUGCAGCACACCCUUGACCCCCACCAGCACCAGCACUGGCCGCUUGGAGGUGCCUGGCGCUACGGUGAGCCGCCGCAGCAGCAUUUACCGCAAGCCGGAUAAAAACGAUGGCGGCCAGAUUCACUUGAUACCGGAUGUGGAGUUGCCGCUGAUGACGUUUGCGGAUCAAUACAACAUUGAGAAGACGCUGGCGGAGGGCUGCUUUGCCAAGAUCUUGCUGUGCCGGCACAGACCCACCAAUACGACGGUGGUGCUAAAGGCGGUGCAUGCCGAGCUGACCACCAUCAAGGAGUUCCAGAAGGAGUUCCACUACAAUUACGAGCUGUCGCAUCAUCAUCAUAUACUCAGCGCCUAUGCGGUGGCCUUCCAGACCAAGGACUACUAUGUCUUUGCCAUGGAGCAUGCGCCCUAUGGCGAUCUGGCCUCCAACAUUGGACCCAAUGGCUUGCAUGAGACGGCCUGCAAGCAGAUUGCGGAGCAGCUGAGCUCCGCUUUGGGUUUUAUGCACUCGAAGAAUCUGGUGCAUCGUGAUCUCAAGAUUGAGAACGUUUUGGUCUUUACGCCGGACUUUACGCGCGUCAAGCUCUGCGACUUUGGCGCCACCACAAAGAAGGGUCUGCUGGUGCACAAGGUGAAGCAUACGUGGACAAGCUGUGUGCCGCCCGAGCAGCUGGAGCUGAUCAAGAACGAGCGCUUCCAGUGCUUGCCCAUCAGCGACUCCUGGCAGUUUGGCAUUUUGUUGUACAACAUUUUGACUGGCAAUCCGCCUUGGCAGUCGGCAGAUUGGGUCAAGGAUCAGGCCUAUUCCAACUUUAUGAAAUACGAGCAGCGCAAGACGACCAAAGUGCCGGAUAGCUUCCGUCGCUUCUCGCCGCGCCUGAUGCGCUGCUUCCGUAAGUAUUUGACGCAUGAUCCCGAGGAUCGCUGCAAGAUCACCGAGGUGGUUAAGUACAUGAAGGAUCGCUGGGUCGAGUGCCGCAUCUCGGCCUCAAAGUCAGCCACGCUGAUCGCACCACAUCAUCACGAUCAGGACUCGUGCAUCUAUUUGAAUCAGCGCGAGGGACGCUUGUCGGGCGAUGAGAGCAAGUUGCGCUUCAAGCGCAUGAUGUCAAGCUAUGGACUGGACAUUCCAAUAGAUCAGACAAUGGUGCGACGGCGCGUCUGGGAUUGGCUUUCCACAUGCGAUGGCAACUUUGAUCCAGAAAUUGAGAGCCUGCACGCCUUGGACAUGGCACAGUAGCUUUCCCUUGGGCGCUCAUAUCCGCUUUAAGUGAAAGAGAGAGUUUUGACAACUUGAGAAUUUGUAGAUCUGUGAGAUCAUUUUUAUAAAAAGCAACUAGAGAAGCAACUUCUCUAUGCUUAAAAGUUUGUUGUUUUGGCGCAGACAAAUGCCAAAACGAAUUUAUAUA